CUGACAUGAAAGAAACCAUCCCCUCCUUUUUCAUCUCAAAUCAAAAUCAUGAAAAGAACCCCACUUCUCUCAACACAUCCGGCAACCUGUAAGGAUUUCUGACAUAAGCAAGAACCAAAGAAAGGAAGAAACCUAGAAAAAAACACACCUUUCCUUUAUCUCUACCCUAAAUAGCCGAAACCCAACAUGAAAAUAAGAAUAAAAAACCUCAAAAUCCAACAGUAACCCCACUCCUUAUCUUUCUCUAAACAGUCAGUCAUACCUGUCGCCUUCAAUUGCGACUUUUACACCCAUCACUUACGAAAUUCAUCUCUCUCCCUCUCGUAGUAUAUUUAAAGUUUAGGUUUUUAUUUUUCAAAAUGACUUCUUCUUCUUCUAACAAGGAGACGACGGAGGAGGAGCAGCCUGCGCCGGAGAUUUCGCCUGCCGAAGGUGGUGGAGGUGCUAGUAGUGGAGGAGUGGGGAAGGCUGAUCCUGUCAGUAGUGGUUGUGAGGAAGAGAGUGGUGUUGCUGGUGAGAAAGUCGACGAUCCAAUGGAGGAGGACGCAGUGAGUCCAACUACUGUGUUUUGUAUUAGGCUGAAACAGCCACGGUCUCAGUUGCAGCAUAAAAUGAGUGUGCCUGAGCUUUGUCGCCAAUUUAGUGCUGUUGCUUGGUGUGGCAAGUUGAAUGCUAUAGCUUGUGCAUCAGAAACUUGUGCUAGAAUUCCAAGCUCCAACGCAAACCCGCCGUUUUGGAUCCCCAUUCAUGUUGUUAUCCCUGAGAGACCAACUGAAUGUGCUGUUUUCAAUGUCAUAGCAGAUUCUCCUCGUGAUUCUGUUCAGUUUAUUGAAUGGUCCCCUACUUCUUCCUCUCGUGCAUUAUUAAUUGCUAAUUUCCAUGGAAGGACAACUAUCUGGACUCAGCCUUCUCAAGGUCCAUCUAAUUUGGUACGCGAUGCUAGCUGUUGGCAGUGUGAGCAUGAAUGGCGGCAGGAUAUUGCAGUUGUUACUAAAUGGCUAUCCGGUGUCUCUCCAUACAGGUGGCUUUCGUCAAAGUCUAGUACUUCCACAAGCUCAAAGUCAGCUUUUGAGGAAAAAUUUCUUUCACAGCAGUCUCAAACUUCAGUUCGAUGGCCAAAUUUCCUUUGUGUUUGUUCUGUUUUCUCAUCGGGUUCUGUUCAACUUCAUUGGUCUGGUAGCCAGAAUAAUACACCACCAAAGUGGUUUUGCACGAGCAAAGGACUCUUGGGUGCUGGCCCUAGUGGGAUUAUGGCUGCUGAUGCUAUUAUAACAGACAGUGGCGCAAUGCAUGUUGCAGGUGUUCCAAUUGUCAAUCCUUCAACUGUUGUUGUUUGGGAGGUUACUCCUGGCCCUGGAAAUGGAUUUCAAGCAACUCCAAUGGCAAGUGUUGGCGAUGGGGUCCCACCUUCAGUUAAGCCACCCAAUUGGUCAGGUUUUGCUCCUCUGGCUGCAUAUUUAUUCAGCUUGCAAGAGCAUCUGAUGUCUGAAGUAAAGCAAGGGAAAAAGCAGAUGGAUGAAGAUUUCACAAACACCAUCACACUACAUUGUUCGCCAGUUUCAAAUUUUUCUGCAUAUGUGAGUCCUGAGGCCGCAGCUCAAUCUGCAGCAACUACUACCUGGGGUUCUGGAGUCAGUGCUGUUGCUUUUGAUCCAACUCGUGGUGGCUCCGUGAUUGCAGUUGUUAUAGUUGAGGGACAGUAUAUGUCCCCUUAUGAUCCAGAUGAGGGUCCUUUAAUCACAGGUUGGAGGGUGCAACGCUGGGAAUCAUCUGUUCAACCUGUAGUUCUUCAUCCAAUAUUUGGAAAUCCCACUUCUGGUUUUGGUGGGCAGGCACCCAUGCAAACUGUAUGGGUGUCCAAAGUGGAUACAAGCAUACCUCCAACAAAUGAUUUCAAAAAUUACCAACCAGCUGCUGCAGGACCAAUCUCUGAUGUGAGAAAGGCAUCUGAUUCUGGUGCUGAGAAGACAAAGAGAGUCAUCUUUGAUCCCUCUGAUCUGCCCAGUGAUGUUAGAACACUUACUCGAAUUGUUUAUUCUGCUCAUGGUGGCGAGAUUGCUGUUGCUUUUCUAGGGGGUGGAGUUCACAUUUUCUCUGGGACAAACUUCACACUAGUUGACAACCUCCAGAUUAAUGUUGGAUCUACAAUUGCUGCUCCUGCCUUCUCUUCCACAAGCUGCUGCUCAGCUUCAGUUUGGCAUGACACUAGUAAGGAUCGCACUGUAUUGAAGAUAAUUCGUGUUCUUCCUCCUGCUGUUCCAAGCAGUCAGGUGAAGGCUAGCUCAGCAAUCUGGGAACGUGCUAUUGCUGAGAGGUUUUGGUGGAGCCUUUUGGUUGGAGUUGAUUGGUGGGAUGCUGUUGGCUGUACACAGAGUGCUGCUGAGGAUGGCAUUGUUUCACUUAACAGUGUGAUUGCUGUCUUGGAUGCGGAUUUUCAUUCUCUUCCCACUUCACAGCACAGACAGCAGUAUGGUCCUAGUCUGGACAGAAUAAAAUGUAGACUGCUGGAAGGUACAAAUGCUCAGGAGGUUAGGGCAAUGGUUCUUGACAUGCAAGCUAGGUUGCUGCUUGAUAUGUUGGGCAGAGGCAUUGAGUCAGCUUUGAUAAAUCCUUCAGCAUUAGUACCUGAACCAUGGCAGGCUUCUGGUGAGACAUUAUCUGGCAUCGACCCUGAAGCAAUGACAGUUGAGCCAAACCUUGUUCCGAGUAUUCAGGCUUAUGUUGAUGCAGUUCUUGAUCUAGCUUCACAUUUUAUCACACGUCUACGGCGUUAUGCAAGUUUCUGUCGCACACUGGCUAGUCAUGCUGUUACAGCAGGCACAUGCAGUAACCGCAAUAUGGUGACUAGUCCUACUCAAAGUUCAGCAUCUCCUGCGCCAAGUCAGGGUGGUCAAAAUGGCUCUACAAGUUCCACUGGAAGCACUCAGAUGCAAGCUUGGGUUCAAGGUGCCAUUGCUAAGAUUAGUAGCACGACUGAUGGAGUGACCGGUUCAACACCGAAUCCCAUAAGUGGUCCAUCUUCCGUUAUGCCGAUAAGCAUUAACACUGGAACUUUUCCUGGAACUCCAGCAGUUAGGCUCAUUGGUGACUGCCAUUUCCUCCGCAGAUUAUGCCAGCUCCUGCUUUUCUGUUUUUUCUUUCGGCGAACUCAACUUCCUCGCUUUGUCGGAAGUGCACAGAGAAAUUCAACUGAUACAAAUGUGCAAAAACCUCAGUCUGGUGCUCCUGGCAAAGUGGAGGAGAUCAACACUGUUUCUUCAAAGCCAGCACCAGCGAUGGUCAGGUCUGAUGAAGGUCAGACAGUUCAAGGUGGUCAAGUAAUGCCUGGAGCUAAACCAGUCGAAGAUGGACCUGCUGGGAGGCACAGAGUAGGCAGUGGCAAUGCCGGCCAAGGAUACAGUUUUGAAGAGGUGAAGGUCCUUUUCCGCAUUCUCAUGGAUCUUUGUCGGCGAACAGCAACUCUGGCACACCCAUUGCCAGUUUCUCAAGUAGGAAGUAGCAAUAUCCAAGUGCGGUUGCAUUAUAUUGAUGGCAAUUAUACAGUAUUGCCAGAGGUUGUAGAAGCAUCUCUUGGCCCACAUAUGCAGAACAUGCCACGGCCUAGAGGUGCAGAUGCUGCUGGUCUGUUACUACGAGAGUUAGAACUCCACCCUCCAUCUGAAGAGUGGCACAGGCGCAACAUGUUUGGUGGACCCUGGUCUGAUGCUGAGGAUAUGGGUUCAGAUGAUACUCUGAAGCUUAACUCAGAUCCACUUGAUUUCAGCUCACUCGAAAACUGUGAUGUUUAUUACGGUGCUCAUGGCUUAUGGCCAAGGAAGCGCAGACUGUCUGAAAGAGAUGCAGCUUUUGGCUUGAACACUUCUGUUGGCCUGGGAGCUUAUCUUGGCAUAAUGGGAUCUCGAAGAGAUGUUGUUACUGCGAUGUGGAAGACUGGUCUUGAAGGUGUUUGGUACAAGUGUAUAAGAUGUUUGCGGCAGACUUCAGCAUUUGCUUCCACAGGUGCUGCGGCACCUAACCAAAAUGAAAGAGAGGCUUGGUGGAUCAGCCGUUGGGCUUAUGGCUGUCCGAUGUGUGGGGGUACAUGGGUUCGAGUUGUAUAGAUGAGACUGCAAUUACAAAUGUUAACUAGAUGCGCCUCUUUCUAUUUCUUGACAAUCAAUUCAAGGCUGUGCGUGCGUAACUUAGCUGAUUCUUGACUGCUAAGCAGAAGAUGAUGCAGACUUGGGGGCAUUUGUAGGUGAAAAAAUAAAACCCUUUCGAUAGUAUAUGAUGUGUUUCUUUUUCUAGUUGCUGGUUGGAGCUUGGAAGUUAAAAAGAGGACCGUAGCCCUACAAGAUUGGAAAUUCAACCGUGAUCCAAGAUGGGGAGGCAAAACUACUUCGCAUAUUUCCUCUGCAUCAACUAUCUGGUGUUUAUUUUAAGGUAUUCAGCUCGACUGCAAUAUUUUUGGAAGGAUGGAUGGGAAGGCUUCGGGGUAUGUUGCAGGGCAGCUCCAUUAGUGAUGGUUCCCACUACUUCCAUAACAUAUGCUUAAUAAUGAAAUACAAGUAGAGAUAAUGACAAUUGAUCAGGAUAGGGAUUUUUAUUUGUAAAUACAACAGAUCCAGGUUUACUAGGUACAACAUUCAUCAUUUAGUUUGGAUCCCAUGGUUUCAAGUUGCAGCUUCAUCUAAGAAAAACUAAAUUAUUUUUAACAGAACAAAAGUUGUCGUUGAUCUUGCCUUCUUGUUAAUGUAAAAGAUGUAUGUAACAGCUGAAAGCUUAUAAACCGUAGCAUUUUGAAUUAGUUAUCAAAUGUU